AUGUAUAACACUCAUCGCGGGAUGGUGCCCGCCCCCAACUCCCGUCUGACGGAGUUACUGGAUCAACUGCGUCAGGAGUUCGAGAGCCAGUCUCGAAGCACCGGUGAAUAUGAACACCAGUUAACCGGACAGCUCCAGGAGAUGGAGAUGAUCCGUCAGAAGGUGUAUCAGCUGGAACAGACCCAAAUCAAGAUGAAGGCAGACUACGAGGCGGAGAUCCGAAUGUUGCGACAUGAACUCGAGUCGCGCGGCGUGCAACCUGUUUCCUCUCAUAUUGCGCCCGCACAGCAGCACACCGGCCCGCAGGCGCAGCCGCCUUCAUUGGGCCAUGGUCCCAGCAACUUGUUUGGUGGUAUCAUGACCAACCAAGGAGGUAGUGGUCCCGGUCUUGCCCCUCCCCCCCCUCCCAGGAUCAGCAGCCUUCCCAGCAUACCCUUCAACAGCCUGCCUCGGCCGCCCAGCCUGGUGCGCCGCAGCCCCCGCAGAGCUUCCCUGGAGGAUAUCAGCCUGGUGCUGCUGCUAUGGUCCCCCCCUCCUCCGACCGCGUCCCCGGGCCCUGGUAAAUCGCGUCGCACCGCUCCAGGUCCGGCCACGCCUCAGCAGACGCAGAUUGCCUAUCCGGAUCCGCGUGCGUCGCCUCAGAUCCCUCGCCCCACGCCUCCUAACCAGUCCAUCGUUCGCGCUGAGCGCCCCGGCAACAUGCUGGCCAACUGGAAUCCCGACGAUCUCCCGGCCUCGCAGAAGCGCGAGGGUACCGAUUGGUAUGCCGUGUUCAACCCGGAGGUGCAGCGUGUACUGGAUGUUGAGUUGGUGCACCACCUCAAUCAUGAUAGCGUGGUGUGCUGCGUUCGCUUCAGUCGUGAUGGCAAGUACCUCGCGACGGGCUGCAACCGCUCGGCGCAAAUCUUUGAUGUGACCACCGGUCAAAAUGUGGCAACCCUGCAGGAUGAGAAUGUCGACAAAGAUGGCGACCUCUACAUUCGCAGUGUCUGCUUCAGUCCAGAUGGCAAGUAUCUGGCGACGGGUGCAGAGGACAAGCAGAUUCGGGUUUGGGAUAUUGCUGCGCGCACCAUCAAGAAUAUCUUCACCGGCCACGAGCAGGACAUUUACUCCCUGGAUUUUGCUGGCAAUGGCCGUUACAUUGCGUCAGGCAGUGGUGAUAAGACCGUGCGUCUCUGGGACAUUCUCGACGGCAAACUCGUCUAUACGCUCAGCAUUGAGGACGGUGUCACCACGGUGGCCAUGUCCCCUGACGGCCACUACGUAGCGGCCGGCUCUCUGGACAAGAGCGUGCGGGUUUGGGACACUACUACUGGAUAUCUGGUGGAGCGUCUUGAGAACCCAGACGGCCACAAGGACAGCGUGUACUCGGUUGCCUUCGCGCCCAACGGCCGCGACCUGGUCAGCGGCAGUCUGGAUAAGACCAUCAAGCUGUGGGAGCUCACUGUCCCGCGGGGCAUGCACCCCCACAGCGGCGUCAAGGGCGGGAAAUGUGUUCGCACGUUCGAGGGCCACAAGGACUUUGUCCUCAGCGUGUGCCUGACGCCCGAUGGCCAGUGGGUCAUGAGUGGCUCGAAGGAUCGUGGAGUCCAGUUUUGGGAUCCGAUCACCGGCAAUGCCCAGAUGAUGCUGCAGGGCCAUAAGAACUCCGUGAUCUCCGUGGCUCCCGCCCCUACCGGCAACCUGUUUGCGACUGGCAGUGGAGAUAUGCGUGCACGGAUCUGGAGAUACUCGACGUACACUGGACGGUAA